CUUCCCUCUUUAUCUUUCAUGAGUACAAUAGUUUUAAAUUGGCAUAAAAGAACAAGCAAAGCUAGCUAGCUUAGAAAGCUACUUAGACCAUGUACUUGUACUGCUGCUAUAUUUCAGACCUCAGAAGGUAUAUUUUGGCCUCAUUUCCAGUAUAUAUAUACAUACACAUAAAGGUAGCUUUCUCCAACAAGGGCCAACAGUUGCAGUGAUCACAAUUUCCCAAAUAUAUAUAUAUAUAUAUAUAUAUAUAUAUCUAUCAUCGUCGGUGCUUAUAUAUGGAGUCUUCAAAUCUUUAUCAUCAUCAGCUUCAAGAACAGUGUUUUGGCUAUGGACUGUCGUCCCUACUUGACUGGAAUCCAAUCGUAUCCAUCGAUGAAGAUGAUGAGUACUAUAAGCCACAUUUGGAUGGAUUAAUGUUUCCUGUGUUGUCGCCGUCGUCUUCGGCGGCGGCGGAUGCAAUUCCGGCAGCAAUAGAGCAGCAGUACUAUCAUCAACAUGAAAACUACUCCGACCAGACAGGAAUAAGCAUGUCGUCGUCGCAGUUCUCCUGCAAUAUCAUCCCGGUCAACUCGGACUAUGUCGUCAAACGCGAGCAACAUAACUCAUUUGACCUAAACCACAAUGUUUUUCUCGGCCGCCAAAUUCCUGCGGCCGCUAGGUUUGGAAGUAUGAAUAAUUCUUCUAAUAAUUCUCCGCCGCGGCCGCCUUCACUGGUUUCUUCAAUCUCCGCCGCCUACACAGACGACGGUGGUGGCAUCAUUAGGUGUAGCCAGUUUCCCGGCAACAACAACACUACCUCGUAUUUCGGCUUCGGUAACAUCCAUGAAGCAAUUCAUAGCCCAUCCAGCAGCUCCAACAAAGUUUCAAAGGCAAAGAGGGUAUCGGGGGCGGCAAUGGCAUCUCAUCAACAAUCUAAGAAGCCACGAACCGGAUCACAACGAUCUUCAUGUCCAGUGCUCAAGGUGAGGAAAGAAAAACUUGGAGACAGGAUAGCAGGUCUACAGAGAUUAGUGGCACCUUUUGGCAAGACAGAUACAGCCUCCGUGCUGACAGAAGCCAUUGGCUACAUCCACUUCCUUCAUGACCAGAUCCAGGCAUUGAACUUGCCGUACAUGAAAUCAUCUGGAGAUGACAGCCACCACCCUCACCGGACAAGUCGAGUAGUACAGGCACUGAACAUGAAGAAUGAAGAAGGCAAGACAACAUUGGAUCUGAAAAGUAGAGGAUUAUGUCUUGUACCAUUAUCUCUUACAUCCUACAUCUCUUCUUGCCAAAUGCCAAUGAAUAUAUAUGGCCACAACUAAUUAUCCAUGGAUUUGGACAAACUUAAUUUGUAUUUAUAAAUAUGCAUUAUUCUGUUGAAAAUAAAAA